CAGAGAGAGAAAGGAGUUGCCAUCAUUUUCAGGGAAUAAUCUGUUCCUAAGAAUAAUUACUCUGUGAAAGAUAGAAACUGCUUUGGUCUGACUUACUAAUAAACAUUUGUUUUAAGAUGGAAAGAAAGGUGGGAAGAAAUAGAAACAAACAUGUAUUUUGCCCCAUGUUUAUUAUUGUGCUAUAUCAGACAUUUUAGAUUGGAAAAUGUACUACAACAGAUCAAUAAUAGUCACAGAUCUAAACACAACAAAUGUAGGUUCACUAGAAAAAUAAUUCCUCUUCACAACUUUAACCAUAUUUCACAUUUCUACUAACAACAUACUUAAUUUCCUACUCUUUGCCUUAAGAUUACCUUUCUGAAACCAGUAUCAGAUCUCUAAAAUAUCCUGGUGUUCCUCUAAAAUCCUUCAGUAGUUCAUGGGCAGUCAGAUCUUUCUAACAUUCCCUUUUUUCCCCAUUUUCUAAGGAAAAUCUGAACUGUAGAUUUUUAAAAAUAAAAACAAACACUUUUUUUUGGCCUGUGACCCGCUAUUAGGAAUGUAUUUGACAAGGUAACCCAGCACAUAUACACAUGAAAAAAUGUUUACUUAAAAACAUAUACCUUUACCAUCUGUGAUGUACUCUUCUAUUUUCUAUUCCAUGUUUUAAAUAAAAAUGCUAGUCAUAACACAAUAAAUUAAUUUCAUGACCAUAGUGGUACUAUAAUCCACAGUUUAAAACACUGGUUUGGAGCAGAUGCUUUGACUACAAGCUAACCUACUCAAGAGAGCUGUUAAAAUGGGCACCAUAAGCCUCCCUUCAUACCUAUUUUAGAUGUUUUAAACUUUUAAUAGAUUUUGUAUUCUUCCUCCAUAAAUAGUCUUUUAACUGAUGUUUUUCCAGAUUAGUUCAGUAUUAAAAUACUUGAAUAGUUUAACUCUGGUUCACAUCCAGAAUAUGUGUAGUUUCCAGGAAGAUUAGGCUUUCACGAAACUUUAUGAUCUUAAAUAAUUUUACACUUUAUGAUCUUAAAUAAUUUUACAUUAAAAUAUUUCAGAAGUGUAUUUUUUGAGGCCCUUCCCUAUGUGUAAUUCCCUAUGCAUUACACAGUGAAACUUUUAGUAUAACAUGGAACUGGUCACUUUGAUUUAGGAACAUAAGGCAUAGAUACAUAAAAACAUAAACAAUAUAGGAGUGUCAUAGGAUUAUAAAUAGAUGGCAUGUAUAAUAAAAUCUACAAGUUUAGAGAAAAUUCAUGAUUAUAGGCGAGAAGUAUUAAUGAAAGGACAAAGCUUGUUCUUAAAGGACCAGAAUAGACCAAGAUGAAAAAAGGCAUCCAUAGGAAAAGAACUAUUCAUUUCUAUAAUUUUAACAAAAUGGAUAAUCUAUCUUGAAUAAACUCCGUAAAUACUAUUUCCAAAUUUGAUUAAGGUAUGUACUUUGAAAACUUGAAACAGGAACAUAUUUACAGUGUUAAGUCAUUUGAUAAUUUUGUAGCUCUGCCUUAAAAAUCAAUAACCUUAAUUAACUCUUCAUCGUUUUCUUAAGUCAUCCAUCAACCUAAAAGCAAUUUAAUUAUUCUAAAUAUGAAAUAAUUCUGGUAGAGUCUAAUCUAUAAAACAUACAUAUACUACCAGUUUUUUUUCUAACUUUAACAAAUUUAUUCCCAGAAGAGACAGUUUUAUCACGAACACAGAAUAAUCGGCAGGCAUAAAAUAGUGAGAAGAAAAUGAUUUUCUAAAAUUUUUCAUGACUAUCAUUUUAUAGCAAAUUACAUUUAUCUUAAAGAUAAAUAUUCAAUAAAAAUAACAAUUCAUCAUUUUUCAGAUGUAGCAAUUCCUAGUGAUGACAUUUGAUACAUAGUUUAUACUUGAAAUCCAUUAAAAAUUUUUAAUAACAACUUUUGCAAUUCAUUGAUCUAGAAUACAUAUAAGACUAUCCAGGGAUAUUCCUAGCAAAGAAAACUGAGUCAUGCAACUCAGUUCUUAAAGCAAGGAGGCUAAUUUAAAGUCAGAAUAAAGGUUUAUUGAGCUAUCCUCCAAACUAAAAUGGACAAGUCAAGCACAUAAGUCACCUGAUUUGGAACAUAGAAGACUUAAAAAUGUAAGAGCAAAACAAAUGGAUGGUAUUGGGAAAAAUAUUAAGCAAAAAAAAACAAACAAACAAAAAACCCAAAACACCAAGGCAAUGAAAUGAAGAAAACACUAAGAUUAACAGAUUCUAAGAACUUAACUUUGAUACUUAAAUUUACACAAGCGAAAUACUAUUUAAUUUAAUAGAUAAAUGCUGUGAUAUGCAUGGAAAUUUAUUUAAUUCUAUAAUCUGGAAAAAAAAAUGGUAUAAACUAUACGCAAGUUAAAACCCUCAAUGAAACAGUAUUGUGUUUUCAUUCACUACCAUGUAUAAGGUGCCUAGCAUAAAGCUAAUUAACAACUAAUAAGUACUCAAUAAGGGGAAGAAACAAAAAAAUUUUAAUUAAAUAACACAAUAAUUUCCACAGUAGACUGACUGUAGCAGCUGCAGUUACCUGGACAUGUAAAAUUACUAGUUUACCAGUAACAUUUAAGAAAGCAGACAGGAAAAUAAUUGUGCUUCCAUUAGCAAAUUAAAAUACUGGUAUUUUGAAACAGUGAAAAACACAUUCUGAGCCAUCUGUAUUAACUUAAAGCUGUUCUGAAGAUUAAUAGGAAAAAUAAUAUUGGAUUUACUAAACAAUGUUUCAUUAAUUGUAUUAAUGGUUAUAGAAUACCUAUCAAGGCUGUCUUUUCUUGUUCAAAAAUUCAAUACGCGAACUAUGAAACUUCGCAAUACCAUAGCCAAAGCCUUAUUGCAUAGUUUCUAGCUUACCGAUAUGUUUACUUAUUUUAAUUUAAAAAGCCUACUUUUCCGGCAACUAGGAAAUACAGUUUCCCAUGUUUGUUUUAUGGUACUCAAAAAUCAUGAUUAAGUAAAUCUAGUGCUACCCUAAGCGUAAGCAAACAGCAAACUAAAUGAUGAAUUAAAAUAUCCACACUAAGUCUGACCUCAGCUUUCACUGAACCUUUUCUUCAGAAGAAAACUAAAAAUAAAUCUCACUAGCAUUUGCUUUGCUUGACAGCAUAAUCGAGUAGCAACCAAAGUAGCCAUAUGUGGUCCUUUAUGCAAGGUCCUAUAUGCAGUCCUAGCCUCAGAAACACACACCUUUUGAAUCACUGUGCCUGGUACCCAUUUGUGCCCAAUAAAUACUUGCUGAAUUAACUUUUCCAAUAGUGCUGAAUUUGGGCCGAGCCAACCAAAUAAAUUCUCACACUUUUAAUGUAUUUUGCAAGACAGAGGACGGCAAGAUGAAGAAUGCAGUUUGAGACUCAGGAGAGCAAAGCCAAUCGGCCCAGUAUGGAUAUGAUCAUUUUUGAUGCACUGUCCUCGGGCAUUCCCAUUUACAGAAGCCUAGAAACAAACUUUAUCCCUUGUUUGUGGGUUUCUGGUGUUGUGGAGGUCUUUCCAAUGUUUAGAAGCAAUCUCUUUUUAUAGAAUUCUGUUAUAAACUUUAAAUUUUUUAUAAAGCUCUCUGUAGCAUAUAUUUAAGUACAUAUCAAAGACAGAAGAGGGGAGCGUCAAGGCCCUUAUAAUCGUCAUUCAUUCAUUAACCAAAUACUACGCAUUUACUGUGUGGCAUUCCAGGAGCUGGCCACAACACCAGUACAGAAAAACACAACCUCUUGUCCUUUUAAGAGCUUACAUUCCACUAGGGAAGGAGAGAUAAGAAGAUAAACAUGUACGAAUAUGUAGAUUGUCCAAAGGAUAAAAUGAUAAGGGGGCUAGGGAACCUGCAGUUUAAAAGUGGCCGCAGAAGCACAGAGUGACACUUGAGCAAAACCCUGAAGGUGAAGAAGCAAGCCCUACGGGCGCUCAGGGAAGAAUCAGGCAGAGGGAACGGCGAGGACACAGUCCUACACGCAAGGAUACCAGGGCAGGCCCGCCCCCACCCCCCACGGCGCGCGGGGAGUUCAGUCAAGGCUUUCGAUCAUUCCCCUCAAGACGGGAAGCCGUCGCAGGGCCUAGAGCAAUGGAGUGACGGGAUCUUGGCCCCCUCAGUGGCCUGAGGCAAAAGAAAUGAUCUAAGCAAGUUUUCCUAAUUACUUUUAGCCCACUGGUACACACACAAAUAAUACAAUUCAUACAACAUGAAUUUCGUCCCGGUUGAGUAAAAAUCCGCUUACCUACUGCACUUUUUAACCUGAAGAAUAGCCCCCUUUUAAUUUACACAAAUUUAAUAGAGAACUGUGGAACGACGGAGUUACUUCUUGUUUUACAAUUUAAAAACUACAACAGGCACGGUACUGCACGUAUAUUACAUUUUGUAUUCCAGCCUUGUCCAGCGCCUCAGUGUUCCAAACCUAAAGAGGAAAACGAUGUUUGAAAUCAGCUGGCUGCAGUCCCGCCGGUCGCCCGCAGUCGCCGGUGGCCGAGUAGGGGCCGGUGGUUCUCCCCGCGUGCUCGGCUCCACCCACACCUAGAGGCGGGCGCCGGGUCGGGCCGCCGCAGCCCAGCUUCGCGCCAGCGCAGCGUCGCCUACAGGCCUUUAUCCCUGCUGUUAGCGAAGAACCCAAACCUCCGCCGACAAAAAUCAAGAGCAGCGGACACCGCGCAUUUCCAGAAAUAAACGUAUCACAAACACCAUUCCAAUUCAGUCCAGUCGAGAAUCGUCUUCACCUCCAAGGGCUGCGUUCUUACUCCGCAGAAAUUAACACGCAGAAGGGCGUAAGAUCCUGGCCUCAAAAGGAGAAGAGUACGUACGAUCCAUCCAUCCACCCGGCUGCAGGGACACCAUUUAAAACCGGCACCAUCGCCGUCGAAUGGCGAGCGUCUUCUGUGGGGCCGCCCAGAGCUCCGCUCCCUAAGCUAACGACGAUCUGGGACAGCCAGCGCGGCCUCCAGCCGCCGCCGUCGGCGACCUGCGAGCACGUCCGUGCCUGAGUGCCCCCCACGCUCACGACCACUGCCGAACUCGGGCCUCGCUCCCAUCGGCCUCCGGGAAAAUAAAGACCGAGAAGAGCCGACCCGCCCGUGUCGCGGGGCAAACGUAGCUCUGAAGCAUCGACAAUACUGGCAACAUCCACAGCCGCCCUGAGGAGAAGGGCUUAGAGGAGAGCCGCCGCCGCCCGGCUGGGCCCCGGCGCGGCACUGCCGAGGACGCGAGCCCAAGUGGCAGUGGCAGUGGCGGCGGCGGCGGCGGCGGCGGCGGUGGCGGAAGUGGAGUGGGGAAGAGGGGGUGGUUGUUAGUGUUUGGCGCCGGCGGAGGGAGUCAUUCCUGCAGCUGCACUUCCGGUCGGCAUUUUGUUCUGAGAGGGAGAGACGGAACGAGAGAGAGACACACACAGGGCUCCUUCCCCCCACCCUCCCCCCCCUCCCUCCGUCGGUACCGACUCACCCGACACCACCAAGCCGCAGGGAGGGACGCCCCCGCCGACAGGAGGAUUGGUUCCCGGGCCCGCGGCGAUGCCCCCCCGGUAGCUCGGGCCCCUGGUCGGGUGUUUGUGAGUGUUUCUAUGUGGGAGAAGGAGGAGGAGGAGGAAGAAGAAGCAACGAUUUGUCUUCUCGGCUGGUCUCCCCCCGGCUCUACAUGUUCCCCGCACUGAGGAGACGGAAGAGGAGCCGUAGCCACCCCCACUCCCGGCCCGGAUUAUAGUCUCUCGCCACAGCGGCCUCGGCCUCCCCUUGGAUUCAGACGCCGAUUCGCCCAGGUGUUUCAUAAAUAUGAAGUGGAGAAGUCAGUAUCUGACAAGAAUCUACUGAAGAUUAAUGUUUAUUAAAAGUAAUCCAGCAGAAUGACUGGCAUAGAAAAGUGUUUGGGAAAUGGGAAGUAAUGACAGCUGGCACCUGAACUAAGUACUUUUAUAGGCAACACCAUUCCAGAAAUUCAGGAUGAAUGGGGAUAUGCCCCAUGUCCCCAUUACUACUCUUGCGGGGAUUGCUAGUCUCACAGACCUCCUGAACCAGCUGCCUCUUCCAUCUCCUUUACCUGCUACAACUACAAAGAGCCUUCUGUUUAAUGCACGAAUAGCGGAAGAGGUGAACUGCCUUUUGGCUUGUAGGGAUGACAAUUUGGUUUCACAGCUUGUCCAUAGCCUCAACCAGGUAUCAACAGAUCACAUAGAGUUGAAAGAUAACCUUGGCAGUGAUGAUCCAGAAGGCGACAUACCAGUCUUGUUGCAGGCCGUCCUGGCAAGGAGUCCUAACGUUUUCAGGGAGAAAAGCAUGCAGAACAGAUAUGUACAAAGUGGAAUGAUGAUGUCUCAGUAUAAACUUUCUCAGAAUUCCAUGCACAGUAGUCCUGCAUCUUCCAAUUAUCAACAAACCACUAUCUCACAUAGCCCCUCCAGCCGGUUUGUGCCACCACAGACAAGCUCUGGGAACAGAUUUAUGCCACAACAAAAUAGCCCAGUGCCUAGUCCAUAUGCCCCACAAAGCCCUGCAGGAUACAUGCCAUAUUCCCACCCUUCAAGUUACACAACACAUCCACAGAUGCAGCAAGCAUCGGUAUCAAGUCCCAUUGUUGCAGGUGGUUUGAGAAACAUACAUGAUAAUAAAGUUUCUGGCCCGUUGUCUGGCAAUUCAGCUAAUCAUCAUGCUGAUAAUCCUAGACAUGGCUCAAGUGAGGACUACCUACACAUGGUGCACAGGCUAAGUAGUGACGAUGGAGAUUCUUCAACAAUGAGGAAUGCUGCAUCUUUUCCCUUGAGGUCUCCACAGCCAGUUUGCUCCCCUGCUGGAAGUGAUGGAACUCCUAAAGGAUCAAGACCGCCUUUAAUCCUACAAUCUCAGUCUCUACCUUGUUCAUCACCUCGAGAUGUUCCACCAGACAUCUUGCUAGAUUCUCCAGAAAGAAAACAAAAGAAGCAAAAGAAAAUGAAAUUAGGCAAGGAUGAAAAAGAGCAGAGUGAGAAAGCGGCAAUGUAUGAUAUAAUUAGUUCUCCAUCCAAGGACUCUACUAAACUUACAUUAAGACUUUCUCGUGUAAGGUCUUCAGACAUGGACCAGCAAGAGGAUAUGACUUCUGGUAUGGAAAAUAGCAAUGUUUCAGAAAAUGAUAUUCCUUUUAAUGUGCAGUACCCAGGACAGACUUCAAAAACACCCAUUACUCCACAGGAUGUAAACCGCCCACUAAAUGCUGCUCAGUGUUUGUCGCAGCAAGAACAAACAGCAUUCCUUCCAGCAAAUCAAGUGCCUGUUUUACAACAGAACACUUCAGUUGCUACAAAACAACCCCAGACUUCUGUGGUACAGAAUCAACAACAGGUAUCACAACAGGGACCUAUAUAUGAUGAAGUGGAAUUGGAUGCAUUGGCUGAAAUUGAGCGAAUAGAAAGAGAAUCAGCUAUUGAAAGGGAGCGCUUCUCAAAAGAAGUUCAAGAUAAAGAUAAGCCUUUGAAAAAAAGAAAACAAGAUUCUUACCCACAGGAGGCUGGGGGUGCUACAGGAGGUAAUAGACCAGCUUCUCAGGAGACGGGUUCUACGGGAAAUGGGUCAAGGCCAGCAUUAAUGGUUAGCAUUGAUCUUCAUCAGGCAGGAAGAGUGGACUCUCAGGCUUCUAUAACUCAGGAUUCAGACUCCAUAAAAAAGCCUGAAGAAAUCAAGCAAUGUAAUGAUGCACCUAUUUCUGUUCUUCAGGAAGAUGUUAUUGGAAGUCUUAAACCUACACCAGAAAACCAUCCUGAGACACCUAAAAAAAAGUCUGAUCCUGAGCUUUCAAAGAGUGAAAUGAAACAAAGUGAAAGUAAAUUGUCAGAAUCUAAACCAAAUGAAAACCGAUUAGUGGAGACAAAAUCAAGUGAAAAUAAGUUAGAAGCUAAAGUUGAAAUUCAAACAGAAGAACUUAAACAGAAUGAGAGCAGAAUAACUGAAUGCAAACAAAAUGAGAGCACCACAGUUGAGCCUAAACAAAAUGAAAAUAGACUGUCUGACACAAAACCAAAUGACAACAAACAAAAUAAUGGCAGAUCAGAAACAACAAAAUCAAGGCCUGAAACCCCAAAGCAAAAGGGUGAAAGCCGGCCUGAGACUCCAAAACAAAAGAGUGAUGGACAUCCUGAAACCCCAAAACAGAAGGGUGAUGGAAGGCCUGAAACUCCAAAGCAAAAAGGUGAGAGCCGGCCUGAAACUCCAAAGCAAAAAAAUGAAGGGCGACCUGAAACACCAAAACACAGGCAUGACAAUAGGAGGGAUUCUGGAAAGCCAUCUACAGAGAAAAAACCUGAAGUGUCUAAACAUAAACAAGAUAUUAAAUCUGAUUCACCUCGGUUAAAAUCAGAACGAGCUGAAGCCUUAAAGCAGAGACCUGAUGGGCGAUCUAUUUCUGAGUCACUAAGACGUGACCAUGAUAAUAAACAAAAAUCAGAUGACAGGAGUGAAUCAGAGCGACAUCGAGGGGAUCAGUCUAGGGUUCGAAGACCAGAAACAUUGAGGUCCUCUAGUAGAAAUGAACAUGGCAUUAAAUCUGAUAGUUCAAAAACUGAUAAACUAGAACGAAAACACAGGCAUGAAUCAGGGGACUCAAGGGAAAGACCAUCUUCUGGGGAACUAAAAUCAAGACCUGACAGUCCUCGUGUUAAACAAGGAGAUUCUAAUAAAUCAAGAUCUGAUAAACCUGGUUUUAAAUCACCAAAUAGUAAAGAUGACAAAAGGACAGAGAGUAACAAGAGCAAAGUAGACACUAAUAAAGCACACCCUGACAAUAAGGCAGAAUUUCCAAGUUAUUUGUUGGGGGGCAGGUCUGGUGCGUUGAAAAAUUUUGUCAUUCCGAAAAUCAAGAGGGAUAAAGAUGGCAAUAUUACUCAGGAGACAAAGAAAAUGGAAAUGAAAGGAGAGCAGAAAGACAAAGUAGAAAAAAUGGGAUUAGUUGAAGAUCUCAAUAAAGGAGCUAAGCCUGUAGUUGUUCUGCAGAAAUUGUCUUUGGAUGAUGUUCAGAAACUCAUUAAAGAUAGAGAGGACAAAUCAAGAAGUUCCCUUAAACCUAUCAAGAAUAAACCAUCAAAGUCAAAUAAAGGUAGUAUAGAUCAAUCAGUGUUAAAAGAAUUACCCCCUGAACUCCUGGCAGAAAUUGAGUCUACCAUGCCACUUUGUGAACGUGUGAAAAUGAACAAACGCAAGCGUAGCACAGUUAAUGAAAAACCAAAAUAUGCUGAAAUCAGUUCAGAUGAAGAUAAUGAUAGUGAUGAAGCUUUUGAAUCCUCUAGGAAACGACAUAAAAAAGAUGAUGAUAAAGCUUGGGAAUAUGAAGAGCGUGACAGAAGAAGCUCUGGGGAUCAUAGGAGAAGUGGCCACUCUCAUGAAGGAAGAAGGAGUUCAGGUGGUGGUCGUUAUCGAAACCGGAGUCCGUCAGAUUCAGACAUGGAAGAUUAUUCUCCUCCUCCCAGCCUUAGUGAGGUUGCUAGGAAAAUGAAGAAAAAAGAAAAACAGAAGAAAAGGAAAGCAUAUGAACCAAAACUAACACCUGAAGAAAUGAUGGACUCUUCAACUUUUAAGAGAUUCACAGCCUCAAUAGAGAAUAUUUUGGAUAAUUUGGAAGAUAUGGAUUUUACUGCAUUUGGUGAUGAUGAUGAAAUUCCUCAAGAACUGCUCUUAGGAAAACAUCAGCUUAAUGAACUUGGCAGUGAAUCCGCUAAAAUUAAAGCAAUGGGUAUAAUGGAUAAGCUUUCAACUGACAAAACUGUGAAAGUCCUAAAUAUCUUAGAGAAGAAUAUUCAGGAUGGGUCAAAGCUUUCCACUUUGUUAAAUCACAAUAAUGACACUGAAGAAGAAGAAAGGUUAUGGAGAGACCUUAUUAUGGAAAGAGUUACAAAAUCAGCAGAUGCUUGUCUUACAACUAUCAACAUUAUGACAUCCCCUAACAUGCCAAAAGCUGUGUACAUUGAGGAUGUAAUUGAAAGAGUUAUACAGUACACUAAAUUUCAUUUGCAGAAUACACUUUAUCCUCAGUAUGAUCCUGUUUACAGAUUAGAUCCUCAUGGAGGAGGCUUAUUAAGUUCAAAAGCAAAACGGGCUAAAUGUUCUACCCAUAAGCAGAGAGUAAUAGUAAUGCUUUAUAACAAAGUUUGUGACAUUGUUAGCAGCUUAUCAGAAUUGCUAGAGAUACAGCUUCUUACAGACACAACAAUUCUUCAGGUUUCAUCUAUGGGAAUAACACCAUUUUUUGUGGAAAAUGUCAGUGAACUACAAUUAUGUGCCAUCAAGUUAGUCACUGCAGUAUUCUCAAGAUAUGAAAAACACAGGCAAUUAAUUUUAGAAGAAAUUUUUACUUCACUUGCAAGAUUACCAACCAGCAAGAGGAGUUUAAGGAACUUCAGGUUAAACAGUAGUGAUAUGGAUGGAGAACCUAUGUAUAUUCAGAUGGUUACAGCACUGGUUUUGCAACUUAUUCAGUGUGUGGUACACUUACCAUCAUCAGAGAAGGACUCUAAUGCAGAAGAAGAUUCAAAUAAAAAAGUCGACCAGGAUGUUGUCAUUACCAACUCUUAUGAAACAGCUAUGCGAACAGCCCAAAACUUCCUCUCCAUCUUCCUUAAAAAAUGUGGUAGUAAGCAAGGUGAAGAAGAUUAUAGACCACUGUUUGAAAAUUUUGUUCAAGACCUUCUUUCAACAGUCAAUAAGCCUGAAUGGCCAGCUGCUGAACUACUCCUUAGUUUGUUAGGGAGACUGUUGGUUCAUCAGUUCAGUAACAAGUCAACAGAGAUGGCUUUAAGAGUGGCAUCUCUUGAUUACCUUGGAACUGUUGCUGCCCGGCUGAGGAAAGAUGCUGUUACAAGCAAAAUGGAUCAAGGAUCUAUAGAACGCAUUUUAAAACAGGUUUCAGGAGGGGAAGAUGAAAUCCAACAAUUACAAAAAGCAUUGCUUGAUUACUUGGAUGAAAAUACUGAGACUGACCCUUCACUAGUGUUUUCUCGUAAAUUCUACAUAGCCCAGUGGUUUCGAGACACGACUCUGGAAACAGAAAAAGCAAUGAAAUCACAAAAAGAUGAAGAAUCAUCUGAAGGAACACAUCAUGCAAAGGAAAUUGAGACAACUGGCCAAAUUAUGCAUCGAGCUGAAAACCGUAAAAAGUUUCUUAGAAGCAUUAUCAAAACCACACCUUCUCAGUUUAGCACAUUAAAGAUGAACUCUGAUACUGUGGACUAUGAUGAUGCUUGCUUGAUUGUUCGAUACUUGGCCUCCAUGAGGCCGUUUGCCCAGAGCUUUGAUAUUUAUUUGACACAGAUCCUACGAGUUCUUGGUGAAAAUGCAAUUGCUGUUCGAACAAAAGCCAUGAAGUGUUUAUCUGAGGUUGUUGCUGUAGACCCCAGUAUUCUAGCAAGGCUUGAUAUGCAACGAGGUGUUCAUGGACGAUUGAUGGAUAACUCGACUAGCGUCCGAGAAGCAGCAGUGGAAUUACUAGGUCGAUUUGUCCUUUGUCGCCCUCAGCUUGCUGAACAGUAUUAUGAUAUGCUGAUUGAAAGAAUAUUGGAUACUGGCAUCAGUGUCAGGAAAAGAGUAAUAAAGAUUCUAAGAGACAUUUGUAUUGAACAGCCAACAUUUCCAAAAAUCACAGAAAUGUGUGUAAAAAUGAUUCGCAGAGUCAAUGAUGAAGAGGGCAUUAAGAAAUUAGUAAAUGAAACGUUCCAGAAACUCUGGUUUACUCCAACUCCACACAAUGACAAAGAAGCAAUGACAAGGAAAAUUUUAAACAUUACCGAUGUGGUUGCAGCAUGCAGAGAUACUGGAUAUGACUGGUUUGAGCAACUCCUUCAAAACUUGUUGAAGUCUGAAGAGGAUUCCUCAUAUAAACCUGUGAAGAAAGCUUGUACUCAACUUGUUGAUAACCUAGUUGAGCACAUUCUUAAAUAUGAGGAAUCUCUAGCUGACUCUGACAAUAAAGGUGUGAAUUCUGGAAGAUUGGUAGCUUGCAUAACCACUUUGUUCUUAUUCAGCAAAAUAAGACCCCAGCUCAUGGUUAAACAUGCAAUGACUAUGCAACCAUACCUUACCACUAAAUGUAGUACUCAAAAUGAUUUCAUGGUUAUCUGCAAUGUUGCAAAAAUUCUAGAGCUAGUUGUACCACUGAUGGAGCAUCCAAGUGAAACUUUCCUUGCCACGAUUGAAGAAGAUCUAAUGAAGCUCAUCAUCAAAUAUGGCAUGACUGUAGUGCAACAUUGUGUGAGCUGUCUUGGGGCUGUUGUAAAUAAAGUGACACAAAAUUUUAAAUUUGUGUGGGCUUGUUUCAAUAGAUACUAUGGUGCCAUUUCAAAAUUAAAAAGUCAGCACCAAGAGGACCCAAAUAACACUUCACUUCUAACAAACAAACCAGCACUUCUUAGAUCCCUUUUCACGGUUGGAGCACUGUGUCGGCAUUUUGAUUUUGAUCUGGAAGAUUUUAAAGGCAACAGCAAGGUUAACAUAAAAGACAAAGUACUUGAACUAUUAAUGUAUUUUACAAAACAUUCAGAUGAAGAAGUACAAACAAAAGCUAUCAUUGGUCUAGGAUUUGCCUUUAUUCAGCAUCCAAGUCUAAUGUUCGAGCAAGAAGUGAAGAAUCUAUAUAAUAAUAUUUUAUCCGAUAAGAAUUCUUCAGUCAAUUUAAAAAUUCAAGUGUUAAAAAAUCUCCAGACCUACCUACAAGAAGAAGAUACACGUAUGCAGCAGGCAGAUAGAGACUGGAAAAAAGUUGCAAAACAGGAAGACUUAAAAGAAAUGGGUGAUGUUUCCUCAGGGAUGAGUAGUUCCAUCAUGCAGCUUUACCUCAAACAGGUGCUUGAGGCAUUUUUUCACACUCAGUCAAGUGUGCGCCACUUCGCCCUAAAUGUCAUCGCAUUGACUCUAAAUCAAGGUCUUAUUCAUCCAGUUCAGUGUGUGCCGUAUUUAAUUGCUAUGGGCACAGACCCAGAACCUGCUAUGCGGAACAAGGCUGAUCAGCAACUUGUGGAAAUAGACAAAAAAUAUGCCGGAUUCAUUCAUAUGAAAGCAGUGGCUGGUAUGAAGAUGUCUUACCAGGUACAACAGGCAAUCAACACAUGCCUAAAAGAUCCCGUAAGGGGUUUCAGACAAGACGAGUCCUCUAGCGCUUUAUGUUCACACCUUUACUCCAUGAUCCGUGGAAACCGCCAACACAGACGAGCCUUUCUUAUUUCUUUACUCAACCUCUUUGAUGACACAGCAAAAACAGAAGUGACUAUGCUCUUGUAUAUAGCAGACAAUCUAGCCUGUUUUCCAUACCAGACACAGGAAGAGCCGUUGUUUAUUAUGCAUCAUAUAGACAUUACACUCUCAGUUUCUGGUAGUAACCUACUGCAGUCAUUCAAGGAGUCUAUGGUAAAGGACAAAAGGAAAGAGAGAAAAUCAUCACCUAGUAAGGAAAAUGAGUCAAGCGAGAGUGAAGAAGAAGUUUCCAGGCCUCGGAAGUCACGGAAACGUGUAGAUUCAGAUUCAGAUUCAGAUUCAGAAGACGAUAUAAAUUCAGUGAUGAAAUGUUUGCCAGAAAAUUCAGCUCCUUUAAUUGAAUUUGCAAAUGUGUCCCAGGGUAUUUUAUUGCUUCUAAUGUUAAAACAACAUUUGAAGAAUCUUUGUGGAUUUUCUGAUAGUAAAAUUCAGAAGUACUCUCCAUCUGAAUCUGCAAAAGUAUAUGAUAAAGCGAUAAACCGAAAAACAGGAGUUCAUUUUCAUCCAAAACAAACACUGGACUUCCUGCGGAGUGACAUGGCUAAUUCCAAAAUCACUGAAGAGGUGAAGAGGAGUAUAGUAAAACAGUAUCUAGAUUUUAAACUUCUCAUGGAACAUCUGGACCCUGAUGAAGAAGAGGAAGAAGGGGAGGUGUCAGCUAGCACAAAUGCUCGGAACAAAGCAAUUACCUCACUGCUUGGAGGAGGCAGCCCUAAAAACAAUACAGCAGCAGAGACAGAAGAUGAUGAAAGUGAUGGGGAGGAUAGAGGAGGAGGCACUUCAGGGUCAUUGAGAAGGUCAAAACGAAAUUCAGACUCUACGGAGUUGGCAGCACAGAUGAAUGAAAGUGUUGACGUCAUGGAUGUCAUCGCUAUUUGCUGUCCAAAGUACAAAGAUCGACCACAAAUUGCAAGAGUAGUACAGAAAACCAGCAAUGGCUUCAGUGUUCAGUGGAUGGCAGGCUCCUACAGUGGCUCCUGGACUGAGGCUAAGCGCCGUGAUGGCCGCAAACUGGUGCCUUGGGUAGACACUAUUAAAGAGUCAGACAUUAUUUACAAAAAAAUUGCUCUAACGAGUGCUAAUAAGCUGACUAAUAAAGUUGUUCAGACUUUACGAUCCCUGUAUGCCGCCAAGGAUGGGACUUCCAGCUAAUGAAUUUGUACAUGCAGCCAAAUUUACAGGAAUUUUUUUAAAAGGCAGAAAAACUUGAAAUAUCAACAUUCUGGCAAAAAAAAAAAAUCAGUUUUAUGAAGAGUAAGUGGAACCUGGGAUGCAGGAACGAAAGAAGGAAAUGUUGGGCAAACAUUUUUGUGGGAGCUCCCUUCGCUGUUGUGCAGCAGAAACAGAUUCUCAGUUCAUUUUUACUCCCACUGUAUUAUAGUUUAACAAAAUUGUUUAUAUCUUGGAAAAAAAACUUUCUGUUUAAAAAAAAUAAACAAGUGAAUGUUGGAAAUUAGUCUGUUAAUGUUCUUAAUAAAGUGUUCUUGGAGUUUAACCUAGCAGCGGAUGGCUUUCUUUAGCUUAGCCCAGUUUCCAGGGAAGCAUUGUUUUUUCCAGGCUGUAAAAUGGCAGAAUCUCCUGGAUAUAUAAUUUAUUCUGUUGAAAAAAAAAAAAAAAAGCAUGCAGUAUCUGUGACCUAUCUGCAGAAGGAGUUUUUGUAAAUGUAGAUUUUGAUGUAUUAGGUCACCCUGAAAACAAUACAAGAAAAGGGAUCCCCAGGUAAUCUGGUGGAGCAAAUACUGCAAUAAAUUUUUUUACUUCUCUUUGUUA